AUGAUAAAACGACAGAGGAAAAAGAAGAAAGCCAAAGAACAUGCAUCACUUUACUCUUUGUCAUCUCAUCUUCCAUAUUAUACCCAUGCACCCCAACCUGUGAUAAUUAAAUCCUCUCCUUAUUCAUGCUCACCUUGCCUACAUUACCAUUCAAGCCAUUUACAUCUCUGUUCUUCAAAAUCAGGACAUGACAAAAUAGACAAUUGUCCAUUUUUUUGUUUACCCAUCCGUAAAAGUCUGUCUAAACUUGUGAAGGCAGAAAAACCAUUUGCAGCCAGUUUCCUCUGUCUUUGGAACAUACUGACUUCUCUUUUCCAUGUGCAGGUCUACAAAGUGGUGGUCAAUUCUGCUGGACGCACCUGGUUCAUCUUUCGCCGCUACAAUGAAUUCCACUCCCUUUAUGAAAAGGUUAAAAAAGCUUAUCCGGACGCAAAUCUGAAAUUGCCUGGGAAAAAGAUAUUUGGGAAUUUGGAUCCUGACUUCAUCCGUCAGCGAAGAGAUGGACUGGACGAUUUCAUCCAGAAACUAGUGUCACACCCAAAACUUUCCCAGCAUCCAGACGUUCGUGCAUUUCUCUCCCUGGACAAUUCAAGAAAUGCCCAGGAACCUGUUGAUGCAGAUAGUUUUUAUGACUCUGAUCCUGUCAUGAAUGGAAAAGAUAGCAACCCGGUCAAUCUUGGUCCAAGUGAAAAACCAAGUGUGCGACCAAGUGAUUUUGAGUUUUUGAAAGUUAUUGGAAAAGGAAGUUUUGGAAAGGUGAUGCUAGCCCGCCACAAGACAGAAGGGAACAUCUAUGCCAUCAAAGUACUUCAGAAGAAAGCUGUAAUGAAAAGGAAUGAAGUCAGGCACAUCAUGUCAGAGAGAAAUGUUCUUGUGCAGAAUGUUAAACAUCCAUUCCUUGUCGGACUACAUUACUCCUUCCAAACUCCAGACAAACUCUAUUUUGUUCUUGACUAUGUCAAUGGUGGAGAGUUAUUCUUUCACUUACAACGUGAACGAUUUUUCACCGAAUCCAGAGCAAGGUUCUAUUCUGCAGAAAUGGCCAGUGCUCUUGGAUAUCUUCAUUCCCUCAAUAUUAUUUACAGAGAUCUCAAACCAGAGAAUAUUCUUUUGGAUUCUCAGGGUCAUGUUGUAUUGACAGAUUUUGGUUUGUGUAAAGAGGGAAUUGAAGGCAUGGGUACAACUACUACAUUCUGUGGCACUCCUGAGGUAAGUAUAAUUUUUAUUUAG